AUUAGGCCACAGUUUACUUUUGUUCUGAAUCUGUGCUGAAUUAAUUCUUUGUGAGGGUGUUUCUUUUCGAGGCUCGUUAAUGUGCAGCCAAGGUGAUGCGGUCUGUCAUACGGAACAGGGGUCGGUGACGCAGACUCACAACAUUACUGGAUAGAACUGGUUUGACCUGGCUGUAGACAAGAGAAAGGAAAAAGUCUGAAGGGCUAAAGCAUGGGUCAACGAAGGAUCAACAGCGGGAUGUGUCACAAACCUUACUCAGAAUUGCAAACCCACCCAAGGUCUGGUUUGCAAAGUGAGCCCCACUGCCCAGUCUGUCUCCAGAUACCCUCUUAUCCAGUGGAAACCAACUGUGGACAUUCGUUUUGUGGAUCGUGUUUAAUCGAAUACUGGAGGCACGGUUCCUGGUUAGGAGCUGUGGGCUGCCCCCUGUGUAGGCAAAAGGUGAACUUCCUCAAUAUUCUGUUCUGUGAAGGUCAUCAAGAAGAACGAGGCACGUCCAUUGCACGAGACAUUCGGGAUUACAACAAACGCUGUUCUGGUCAGCCUCGGCCAUUCGCAGACUACAUCUACGACACGCCCCUGGUGCUCCAGAUGGCUUUCAGGGAGCUCUUCACCAUGUCCGGCCUGGUGUGGAUCUUCUGCGUGCGGAUCGCCAUUUGUUCCUUCGGGGCCGUCCUGUGCCUCACCUCCCCCCUCGAUGGCAUUCCCGAGGCCUUUGGGGCGAUCCUGGGAGCAGUGGAUGAUUUGGCGGUGGUGUUCCUGCUCCUUAUCUGCGUGAUCAAUAUCUGCCAGCAGAUGGGGCCGGAACGAGCCAGUCUGGCCAGAAGCCUUACACCAGAGUCUCUGUAGAAUGUCCUGCCAAACAAUCAUGGUUUAAAUACUCUGUAAAUACUUUUAACAACAUUUAAAUCUACAGCUGUAAAUAGGUUCUUAAGGUUAUUUUUAUCUGCUAUUUGCCACCACUGUUUUGUUUAUAACUGUAAGCAGCAGUGCAUUCUGUACAGAAAUACAUGCUCUCAGCUAUUUAUUGCACAUUCCAGUAAAAACAAAUGUAAAGUA